AUUUAGCAAUAUCGCGUGUCAUAUUUUUCCAAUAGUAUUUUGUACGUAAUUUUGCAUAGAGUUUUUUGUUUCCGCAAUGUCCGCCUGAUAUCGGGUCGUUAUGGUAAAUUGUCAUGAGUUUAAUGGGUCGAUUAUGUAUAGCAACGCAACUAUGCUUCGGUUGGCAGCUUGCAACGCAACUGAAAAGAAAAUUUGUAUUACGAAUGGCAACUAUCGCCAGUUGCUGAAAAGUUAUCGAUUAUUGAAAUUUGACAGCUCGUCAACCAGCGCAGGAUAGGUAAACAAGCAAAAUAAUCGCAAAAUAAAAGUGAAAUAAAGUUAUUAAUAUAGAGUUUUUAAUAAUAAGUCUUGCUACAAUGCUUAGUUCAAUAGAACUAUUUUUUGAAGAGGAGGAGGAGUGUACGAACGCAGCAUCAAUCAGGCGACAUUUAAGGGAUAAUUCCAAUCCUUUAGAGCUGCCGCCGGCACUAUUUAAAGCAUAUUUCCGACUUCCAAUAGAAGCUGUAUUAUAUUUGGUAAAUACAUUGAGGAAUGACUUUAGGCGGAACCAUCGUUCAACUGCAGUACCUCCGCUAAUAAAAGUUUGCGCAGCUCUCCGAUUUUUUGCAGAAGGAAGUUUUCUGAAGUCUCACGGCAAUGAUUUCAAUUUGGGACUGGCGCAACCUACGAUGUCGGUUGUUUUAAAAGAGAUGCUUCAACUGAUUGAGGAAAAAAUUUCCAAUCAAUGGAUUACUUCAAAAAUGACCGAGGAAGAGAAAUCCAAAAACAAGAACUUCUUUUACUCGAAAACGAAAUUUCGUGGUGUUGGAUGUAUAGAUGGGACACAUGUGCAUAUAAUGUUACCGAAGGAGGAUGUUCGCCACUUAUAUAUGAACAGAAAAGGAUAUUUCAGUUUGAAUGUUUUACUGAUGUGCGAUUACCAAAUGCGGAUACGGUAUGUUGAUGCUAGACAUCAAGGAUCUACUCAUGAUGCUUUUAUUUGGAACAAUAGUGAUUUGAAACAAAUGGUUUCUAAUGAUUUUGGUCCGAACACCUGGCUUCUAGGUGAUUCUGGAUUUCCAUUAGAACCACAUCUUUUGACCCCUUUUCGUUCAGCGGAACCUCAAUCUCCUGAAGCAAAAUACAAUACAAUCCAUUCUAAAGCCCGAAAUGUGAUAGAGCGGACAAAUGGCGUCCUUAAGUCUAUAUUUAGAUGUCUUUCUGCUGAAAGGGGCCUGCACUAUAAACCUGACAAAGCUGGGUCAAUAAUAAAUGCAUGUUGCGCGUUGUAUAAUAUUGGUUUACACUAUAAAGCAGACUGGGAGGAAGAUCCGACAAUCUCGCAGGAAGUUGCAAGUCCAAAUGUAACCGAGAAUGAUAACACCGUAGCCUCUGAUAUAAGAUAUAAUGUAAUGCAAUGUUUAAAUGAAUAAAACAAUCUUUUAGUUGAAUAAAGUAUUUAAUUUUAAAUUCAAUUUUAUUAAAA